GAACAAUAUUGUGAAAUGGAUAAUUAUUCAGCGCCGAGGUAUGAAACAAAAAUAGAAUCGUUCGACACGUGUAUGAUCGAUGUCCAAGGAAGAGACAUAACAGCGGGAGUAGUCAGCCAGAGUCACCAAGGAACGAGAUGCGACAAUGAUCACACCGAUAACAAUGAAGCGACGCCGAUCCGGGAACAGGACCAUGAACAGCGUCACACGAUUCAAAUAGCGACGAUACAAAACACCAUGGGCCAAAACAUGACUUUGACACCUAUAAGACUGCCGGCUAUUUUGGACGGGGAAUUUUUUUCGGUUGUCAGAGUCGAUGAUACCAAUGUCACUGUUCGCUGUCAGCAGUGUAAUAAAUUGCUCAACGGGAAUCUCAAAUCAACGGGGAAUUUUUUGAGUCACAUCAAAAGAGUACAUCCGACGAUAAUUGACAAAAUAAAAUGCAAGUCAAAUCAACGUAAGCCAGCAAUAGCAUAUGUUGACAUGUCAUCGGAAAAAUCUCCUGAAAUAAUAAAAACAAAGCGGGGUUACCGGAAAUGUUCGAAACAAGAAGAAGAGCCGCAAGUCAGCAGCGAGGAAGUGUUCGACCCAAAUCCAGAAAUGUGGAUUGAAACGACUCCAAAUAAAAAACGAAAGGAUGAGUCGGAUGCCGACAUGAAUAAGUACUUGAAUUCGAGCAACACGUCCACUAUCGAAGACGAGUUUGACGCAAUUGGGAAAAAUGUUGCUGCUAAAUUACGCGGCAUGCGGUUGGACCAGAGGAUAGUCGCUGAGAAGCUCAUUAACGACGUGCUGUUUGAGGCCCAGCUCUGUACCCUUCACCGAGACUCAAGUCUUCAAGUUUAA